CAGCACCCGAUGUCACAGGAAGGCCAUAAAGAUCAUCAAGGACAACAACCACCCGAGCCACUGCCUGUUCACCCGCUAUCAUCCAGAAGGCAAGGCAAGGUCAGUACAGGUGCAUCAAAGCUGGGACCGAGAGACUGAAAAACAGCUUCUAUCUCAAGGCCAUCAGACUGUUAAACAGCCACCACUAACAUUGAUGGCUGCUGCCAACAUACUGACUCAACUCCAGUCACUUUAAUAUUGGACAAACUUGAUGUAAAAAUGUAUCACUAGCCACUUUAAUCAAUGCCACAAGCAUUUCGCAACACUCGCAACAUCUGCUAACCAUGUGUAUGUGACCAAUAACAUCUGCUAACCAUGUGUAUGUGACCAAUAACAUCUGCUAACCAUGUGUAUGUGACCAAUAACAUUUGAUUUGACCUCCAGGCUGUGUAAGGGCUAUUUGACCAAAGGAGAGUGCUGCAUCCGAUGACCUGGCCUCCAUAAUCACCCGACCUCAACCCAAUUGAGAUGGUUUGGGUGCUGUUCCAAUGGGAACCACAGCAAAGGAGGAAAUGAACAAGUUCUGGGCCAAAAACAACAAAAUGAACCGACCCAUGUCGCCACAUAUCACCAUCUACCAGUGGUCGGUGCCUAUGAUGAUGUCCAUCACACACAGAGGCACGGGAGUUGGACUCAGUGGAGGUAUAUCGGCGUUUGCCCUCUUAGCGUUGGUGUUGCCAGGUAGCUACCCAUACUACCUUGACCUGAUCCACUCCCUGUCCAUUGGCCCUGCUCUACUUGGUCUAGCUAAGUUUGGCAUUGCCUUCCCUCUGUCCUACCACACCUUGAAUGGAAUCCGCCAUCUGUUCUGGGACAGUGGUAAGGGAUUUACGCUUCCUGAGGUGUAUCGCUCGGGCUACGUGGUCAUCGCUCUGUCAAUACUGACCUCCAUUGCUGCCAUUGCAUACAUGUGAGCAGCGAGGCGGAGGAAGGGAGGAGAAAGGGAGGCGGAGAGAAUAUGGAGUGAGGGAUGAAGGGGUUAUUUUGUUUAUUAUAUAUUCUGGUCUUUGUGUCACCAACACAGUAAUUGAAUGGAUAAAUGUAUAAAUACUUCAAAUGUUUUGUGGUUUUUAUAAUGGAAAGGUUUAGCCUGGUCAAUCGGCUAACAUGGUACCCGGGGUAGACGUAACAUAAUACAUGUAAAUCCAGGCGACUCAAUUACUGCGUUAUGCUAUGUUUCUUAUGGUAUAUAUUCAUUUGUGGAUGUUUCGCAUGGGUAUGUUAUAAAUUGGAAUUUGAAUAAUAUGUUACAAAUUUGCCAAACAUAUGAUUUGUUAAGAAUUCUAAUUUGUUGUGGCUAAUGUUGGGGGUGAAAGGAAUAUCUUUAAAAAUUCAUAAGUACUUGCUAAAAUUGUCCGUGAUUUAGUUUCAAACACUCAUUCAUUCUUUGGGUUGCCAGAUGUUCACGUUAUUCACCCAUCCAACCACUCUACUUUCAUUGUUGCCUUAAGGAACCUUCUGUAACCAUAUCAAAUAUCACCUUUAUGGAACCAUAUCAAACGUAUCAUAUCAUACUAAUAUGAGGGUGCCGGAUUUAGAUGUACUAUGUUACGUCUAGUCUAUGAGACCAGGCUGGCUGUGCUCAAGUUUAAUGUCAAGUGAAAUGCAUGUAAUAUAUUAGUGAAAUCAAUUAAACAGAAUGGGUGUUACAAAA